AUGCUCGCCCGGCCUGCUUGGCCCUCGACAGGCCUGCUUGGCCCUCAACAUGCUCGCCCGGCUUGCUUGGCCCUCGACAUGCUCGCCCGGCCUGCUUUGACCCUCAACAUGGUCGCCCGGCCUGCUUGGCAGUCGACAUGUUCGCCCGGCCUACUUGGCCCUCGACAUGCUCGCCCGACAGAUAACACUGGCUUGGUGUUAUAUGGGAAGGAGCUUAGCGGACAGGACCUGGGCGGGUCAACUGCCCGAAUGCAUGGAUGGCCCUUCUGUGUGGCCUUCAUGCAUAGUGAACACUCAGGAUAUUUCCCAUUUCCCCUCACACGUUACAUAUCGCUUUUGCUACUGAGUCAACCAAAGGCAUGGGGGCGAGGUCCACGUCCCGAAGGUUACCGUGGCCUGCAGGACGCUCCUGUCCUAUAUAACGUCCUGAACGCCCUCCUUCGCCAUCACAACUGUUCCGGUGCUCACACAACAGCUACUCCCGCAGCCACCAUGCGUUUCCUGACACUGACGGCGGUGCUGGCCAUGAUGGCUGGUGUUUGCUACGGUGGAUUUCUUGGUGGUCUUGGUGGACUUGGUGGACAUGGUGGUCUUGGCAAAUAUGGUGGCGGCUUAGGCGGAUAUGGCGGUGGUUUGGGCGGAUAUGGUGGUGGCUUGGGCGGUCUUGGUGGCUACGGUGGUUAUGGAGGAGGAUACGGCGGAGGAUAUGGAGGCCAGGGAGGACACACAUUUGUGCUGAGCAAGAGCCACGGAAGUUUCGGAGGAUUCGGCCAUGGGGGUAAAUUUGGCCACGGAGGAGCCGGAGGAUUUGGGAAAGGUGGAUUCGGUAAAUUUGGCCACGGAGGAGGACUUGGAGGACUUGGCCUGGGAGGCGGACUCGGCAGUGGCUUUGGAAAAUAUGGUGGCUUCGGGAAGUAGAGGUGAUGGAGCGACCUCGUCCAGGCUACGGCCAGCACCAUACUAUUCAAUACUCCUCACUAUACUGUAAUAAAGCAUUUGAAAAGUGA